AAAAUAUAGCAUGGACGCUCCUGCAAAUUUCAGCCAGAUAAAAUUGCUGCUAAAAUCACUGACUACAAAUGGGUUUGGGGAGGCGAGGCAGCAUUGGAACAAGCAGUGAGAGAGAUAGGACCGAUGUCUGUUGUGAUUAAUGCAAGUCUGAAAUCCUUUCAACAUUAUAAAGGAGGAGUUUACUAUGAUGAAAAUUGCAAUGGAUAUUUAACCGAUGAAGUGCUGGUGGUUGGUUUUGGAAUUGAGGAUGGAAUGAACUAUUGGCUGGUUAAAAACAGCUGGGGAACAGACUGGGGUGAAGACGGGUACAUCAAAAUUGCUAAGGAUAGAGGGAAUCACUGUGAAAUUGCCAGUUUUGUGCGGUACCCUGUCGUGUAACGAGCCAACUGAUAAGACAGAGCUUCAUCAAUCCCAGCUGAAUG